GCUCCUCAAGGCAGUUUUAAGCGUCCAGGUGUCCCCUUCUCUUAUCCUUUCCCUCCCACCCUGCGCUCGUCACCUCCUUCCCCCUCCAUGGCGAUGGCGGCCAUCGCUAACCCAACCACCCUUUCCCCACCCACCGCUCUCGCGUCCCAAAAGCCCGUCGCUUCUCACUUCCCCUCGUCUCUCCGCCCCCUUUCCUCCACUUCUUCUUCCUCCUCCUCCGCCGCCGCUUACGCUCUCCACAAUCUUCACCGGAUUGCGAAACCCUGGCUCCCUAUCAUCCCUAGAAAACUCGACGCUCCCCUCGUGCGCCUCGAGGCGGCGGCCGUCGCCGACGCGGAAGCGGAGCUUGCCGAAGGUGAAGCCGCCUCCGACUCCGACUCCGACUCCGCCGUCGCCACCGCAACCCCACCGUCCAAGCCCAAGACCGGGAAGGCCGCCUUGCCUCUCAAGAGAGACAGAACGAGGUCGAAGCGGUUCUUGGAGAUACAGAAACUGAGAGAGAACAAGAAGGAGUAUGACGUGCCCGCGGCGGUCUCACUUCUUAAACAAACGUCGAACACGAAAUUCGUGGGGUCGGCGGAGGCCCACUUCCGCCUCAACAUUGAUCCCAAGUACAACGACCAGCAGCUGAGGGCCACGGUGAACUUGCCGAAGGGGACCGGGCAGACUGUUAAAGUGGCUGUGCUCACACAAGGUGAAAGAAUCGAUGAAGCAAAAAAUGCGGGAGCUGAUAUAGUUGGUGGGGAAGAAUUAAUACAACAGAUAAAAGGCGGAUUUAUGGAUUUUGAUAAGUUAAUUGCUUCUCCAGAUAUGAUGCCCAAGGUUGCCAGUUUGGGAAAACUCUUAGGACCACGUGGACUUAUGCCGAAUCCAAAAGCUGGUACAGUUACCACAGACAUACCUCAGGCUAUUCAAGAGUUUAAGAAAGGUAAAGUUGAAUACAGAGUGGACAAGACCGGGAUUGUCCACUUACCUUUUGGGAAGAUCAAUUUUUCUGAUGAAGACCUUAUUGUCAAUCUGGUAGCAGCAGUUAGAUCGAUAGAAGCAAACAAACCUUCUGGUGCAAAAGGAGUAUACUGGAAAAGUGCACAUAUUUGUUCAUCAAUGGGACCUUCAAUUCGGUUAAACAUAAGAGAAAUGCUUGACUACAAACCCCCUAUGGUCUAGCAGCUCAGAAGAACAUGUGAACUUCCCAGAAUAGUCUACCAUCAUCAUGGAACAACUCCAAGAAACAAAAAAAGAUCAAAGAGCACAACAGAAAGCAUUAGCAUCUGGGAGCAGCGCCGUUUUCUUAUUGGAUCACUAACACUACCUGUGCAUGUUGUUAACCUCAUGAAGCAGUGAUCUUCCUUGUAUCUUUUGUGAUAUCUGAGUUUUACGUUGCCAGAAGUGCACAGCAUGUAUCUUUUCACCAACACUACCUGUGCAUGUUGUUAAACUCAUGAAGUAGUGAUCUUCCUUGUAUCUUUUGUGA